UUUCCUAUAUGAGGAACCUUCUCUCAGAUGCAGGAGAGCAGUGCAGAGCCCCAGUUGCAGAAGACUGGUCCUAUCACCACCAUGAGCUCUGAAUGCGACGGUGGGGCUUCCAAAGCCGUGGUGAACGGGCUGGCACCGGGCAGCAACGGGCAAGACAAAGACACGGAUCCUACAAAAAUCUGCACUGGGAAGGGAGCAGUGACUCUCCGGGCUGUGUCCACCUACAGGGAGAUUCCAAGCGGUAGCCCCGUGAGCCCUCGGGAAACCCCGCAACAGGAAAGGAAACCAGUUCUGGAGUCAGAGAAUUCCUCCUCAGCAGACGAGUGGAGGCUUUCUUCCAACGCUGAUGCCAAUGGAAACGCCCAGCCCUCUUCACUCGCUGCCAAGGGCUACCGAAGUGUGCAUCCCAAGCUUCCCUCCGACAAGCCCCAGGACUCAAGUCCUCUACUAAAUGAAGUUUCUUCAUCCCACGUUGGAACUGACUCCCAGACCUUUGCACCAGUUAGCAAGCCGUCAUCUGCCUACCCCUCCACGACAAUUGUCAAUCCUACUAUUGUGCUCUUGCAACACAAUCGAGAACAGCAGAAACGACUCAGUAGCCUUUCAGAUCCUGUCUCGGAAAGAAGAGUGGGAGAGCAGGACUUGGCACCAACUCAGGAAAAACCCACCUUUCCUGGCAGGGCUGCUGAGAAGAAGGCGAAGGAUGACAGCAGGCGGGUGGCAAAGAGCGCCCAGGACCUAAGCGAUGUUUCCAUGGAUGACGUGGGCAUCCCACUCCGGAACACCGAGAGAUCAAAAGACUGGUACAAGACCAUGUUUAAGCAGAUCCACAAACUAAACAGAGAUGAUGACUCAGAUCUGUACUCUCCUCGAUAUUCCUUUUCUGAAGACACAAAAUCUCCCCUUUCUGUGCCUCGCUCAAAAAGUGAGAUGAGCUACAUUGAUGGUGAGAAGGUAGUUAAGAGGUCGGCCACACUUCCCCUUCCGACCCGCUCUUCCUCGCUGAAAUCAAGCCCAGAGAGAAACGACUGGGAGCCCCCAGAUAAGAAAGUGGAUACAAGAAAAUACCGUGCAGAACCCAAAAGCAUUUACGAGUAUCAGCCGGGCAAGUCCUCCGUUCUGAGCAACGAAAAGAUGAGUCGGGAUAUAAGCCCAGAAGAGAUAGAUUUAAAGAAUGAACCUUGGUAUAAAUUCUUUUCGGAAUUGGAGUUUGGGAAACCGACUAAUCUAGAAAAAGAUCUCAACCUCUGCCACACAGAGUUAGAGGCAGAUUUAGAAAAAACGGAGACGCUUAAUAAAGCACCCGGUGCAAACCUGUCACAGAGCUCAGCAGUCAGCCCCACUCCGGAAAUUUCUUCAGAGCCUCCUGGAUAUGUAUAUUCUUCCAACUUCCAUGCGGUGAAGAGGGAAUCAGAUGGGGCUCCUGGGGACCUCACCAGCUUGGAGAAUGAGAGGCAGAUUUAUAAAAGUGUCUUGGAAGGAGGUGACAUCCCUCUCCAGGGCCUGAGUGGUCUUAAGAGGCCAUCCAGCUCAGCCUCCACUAAAGUGGAUCGUAAAGGUGGGAAUGCUCACAUGAUUUCUUCAUCUUCAGUUCAUAGCCGAGCGGUUCACACUAGCAGUGUGUUAGGCCCUGGGUGUAAGCACAAGAAACCCCUGUCUGCCGCGAAAGCCUGCAUUUCGGAAAUCCUCCCCUCCAAAUUCAAACCCAGGCUCUCUGCUCCCAGUGCUCUUUUGCAGGAUCAGAAGAGCAUCCUGUUGCCGUCAGAAAAGACUCAGAGCUGUGAGAACCUUUGUGUCUCAGUUUCUCUGAACGAUUCCAAAAGAGGCCUCCCCCUGCAAGUGGGGGGCAGUGUGGAGAACCUGCUCCUGCGCUCCCGGCGCGACUACGAGGGCAGGUCGGGCAGCACCAUGAGCCUGCAGGAGUUCAGCGCCAGCGCCAGGAGGCCCUGCCCGCUCUCGAGGAAGGCCGGCCCGCAGUUCACCAUGCUCUACCGGGACAUGCACCAGAUCAACCGAGCUGGCCUCUUCCUGGGGUCUGUCUCCUCCUCCAGCGUGCGGGAUCUUGCCUCCCACUUUGAGAAGAGCAGCCUGGCGUUGGCCAGGGGCGAGCUGGGCCCUGGUCAGGAGGGCUCAGAGCACAUCCCCAAGCACACCGUCUCCUCCCGCAUCACGGCUUUCGAGCAGCUGAUCCAGCGGUCCCGGUCCAUGCCGUCCCUGGACCUGUCCGGCAGGCUGAGCAAGUCCCCCACGCCCGUGCUGGCCCGGAGCGGCCUGACCUCCGCCCGCUCGGCCGAGUCCCUCCUGGAGUCCACCAAGCUCCGGCCCAGGGAGGCGAAUGGGCUGAACCCCGGGGUCAUGUACGCCUCCCCGACGUGUAGCCGGGUGGCGGACCCCACCUUGGGCUUCAGGGGCCUCGUGCCUUCUGAGCCCCUCUCCGCCUGUUCGGAGGAGCUGGACCGCUGUUCGAACAUCUCGAGCGACAGCCGAGAGGGCAGCAGCAGCAGCGUUCACGGAGAUGUCCCCAGACACCGCCUCAACAAGUGCAAGGGCACCUGCCCAGCCUCCUACACCCGCUUUACCACCAUCCGCAGGCACGAGCAGCAGCAGACCUCCCGGCGGCCCGACUGGCGCCCGGAUCCCAGGGGGGACAAGGGCACGCUGCUCAGGAACAUCUACCUAAUGAGCCCCCUCCCUUUUCGGUUGAAAAAGCCCCUCCAGCAUCCCCCGAGACAGCCUUGUCCCGGGGACUUCUCGGGCCAGAAGGCAGACCCCCCUGGUCAGCCCUAUCAGGAUGAGCCCCUCUGCAGGGGGAAGCCCUCCAUUCCCAGACGCCUGUCUUCCCGGCACACCAUGGCCAGGCUGAGCGGAAUCUCAGAGCCCCCCCAGGAGAGACCCGCGGACCCGGAGGUCUGCCUGAGGCCCUUUAGUAAUGGGAACUCUGUGCCGUACUCAGACCACGGCCUGGACGGGAACAACAACCCCCACAGUGACCUGGGGACGUCCCUCGGAGAUUCAGAAUCACCAAGGCAUUUUAUACCCGCUGAUUACUUGGAAUCCACAGAAGAAUUUAUUCGAAGACGUCAUGAUGAUAAAGAGAAACUUUUAGCGGACCAGAGACGACUUAAGCGCGAGCAAGAAGAGGCCGAUAUUGCAGCUCGACGCCACACAGGCGUCAUUCCAACGCACCAUCAGUUUAUCACUAAUGAGCGCUUUGGGGACCUGCUCAAUAUAGACGAUACGGCAAAAAGGAAAUCUGGGUCAGAGAUGAGACCUGCCAGAGCCAAGUUUGACUUUAAAGCUCAGACACUAAAGGAGCUUCCUCUGCAGAAGGGAGAUAUUGUGUACAUUUAUAAGCAGAUCGAUCAGAACUGGUAUGAAGGAGAGCACCAUGGCCGAGUGGGGAUCUUCCCCCGCACCUACAUCGAGCUUCUUCCUCCUGCUGAGAAGGCUCAGCCCAAAAAGCUGGCACCAGUGCAGGUUCUGGAAUACGGCGAAGCUAUCGCCAAGUUUAACUUUAAUGGUGAUACACAAGUAGAGAUGUCCUUCAGAAAGGGUGAGAGGAUCAUGCUGCUUCGACAGGUGGACGAGAACUGGUACGAAGGGAGGAUCCCAGGGACGUCCCGGCAAGGCAUCUUCCCCAUCACCUACGUGGACGUGAUCAAACGGCCACUGGUGAAAAACCCCGUGGAUUACAUCGACCUGCCUUUCUCCUCCUCCCCCAGUCGUAGUGCCACUGCAAGCCCUCAGUUUCCCGGUCACAGCAAGCUCAUCAUGCCAGCCCCCUCAUCUCUGCCCCACCCCCACCGGGCCCUGUCCCCUGAGAUGCACGCUGUCACCUCUGAGUGGAUCUCGCUGACUGUAGGGGUCCCGAGCAGGCGCCCCCUGGCCCUGACCCCACCCUUGCCUCCUCUGCCUGAGGCUUCUGUCUAUAGCACUGAUGCUCUGGGCUUGUUGGCGAGGCCCAGCUCAUCCCUGCCCCUCAGCCUCCCCCAUUCAAGCCGGUCAUACCGGCCCACCCCACACUCAGCAGUCUCCCCACUGGCCCUGCCUCCCCCGCACAAAGUCUGCUCCCUGGCGCCCGGUGCCCAGGCCUCCCUCCACAUCAACGGAGAUGGGGGUACCCACGUGCCACCUCCGGGGUUCCUCCAGGAUAGCUUCUCCCAGCCGUGGCUUGGGCAUCCUGACAGGGUCAUCUCGGAGCUUAGCGACGCCUUUAGCACCCAGGGUAAGCGGCAGCCGUGGCGAGAAGGAAGUGGAGCACGUGAGAGGAAAGCAGAGAGGGAGGCAGGUGAGAGAUGCCCAGGUGGACCCGCCAUCUCUAAGAAGAGCUGCCUGAGACCGUCAGACGUGGUCAGGUGCCUGAGCACCGAACAGAGACUCCCAGAGCUCCACACCCCAGAGGCGAGCCGGCCGCGCCAGCCCCGGGGUAGUCCUUUCCCAGGAAGGGAGGCUGAGCGCGCAGAGCUGCAGAGAGGUGGCGAGCCGGCCGAGAGGAAGGCCGCUCGGACUGGUGCGAGCCAGGAAGCAGUUUGCAAUGAGAUCAUAAACAUUGCCGAAAAAUCUGUUCAUUACUGCAGCACUGUUUCUCAUCCUCUUGACUUUCAUCACAAGGUAUCCCCUUCUGACAAUAAAUCAUCUUUAAUCAUUUCUCAGCAACCUCAAGCCCAGCAGCGAAGAGUCACCCCAGACAGGAGUCAAACCUCCCAGGAUUUAUCUAGCUACCAAGCACUGUACAGCUACAUACCACAGAACGAUGAUGAAUUGGAACUCCGAGAUGGAGAUAUUGUUGAUGUCAUGGAAAAAUGUGAUGAUGGAUGGUUUGUUGGUAUUUCAAGAAGGACAAGGCAGUUUGGUACUUUCCCAGGCAACUAUGUAAAGCCUUUGUAUCUAUAAGAAGACUGAAAACCACAGGAUGAUUUUUACUGGAGGAUGAAGCAUAAUUCAUGAAUUGGUCUCUUUAUUUAAAAGUUGUCAGUAGGAAAACUAAUGCAGUGGAUAAAGUAAGAAGCAAAAGAGAGGACAGAGAAGUGUUGUAUUUAAAACCCGAGCCUGUCUAAGCUCACUGCGUGUAUCAGACAGGGCUGAACCGCGCAAAAAAGGAAUGAGGCAAGUCCGUAUUAGCUGCUUCUGGGAGCCGCUUCUGGGAGCCACUCCUGCCCUGCCCUCCUCUCCCCGGCUUGGGUAAUCUGACCUGCAGCACAGUCCAGGAGCAGUUAGGCCAGAAAUGCCUCUUGCUGCUUCAAGCUUGACCCGUUGUGGCUCAAAAGGGUCAUUUAGCCUGCAGGAGCCCUCGGAGCACCAGGCAGGUCCCCAGCCAUCCUCCAAGGCUCCACACAGACGCCCCCCGUCGCCUGGAGCCUGCCGGUCCCCCUAGCACUGCUAGAGAUCAGUCCAGGCCACCAAGUCGAUCCCUAAACAGCGGUGGAGACCCCAAACUAACCCAAAGCCAAGUCCCUCAGUGGGGGGAGUGGGGAAGUGGAGGUCAAAGUAGGCACCCAGUGCUCUCGGCCUGCAUGCAGCAUUGCCAUUGACACCCCGGGGGUUCAGCCAGGAAAGCACACGAGGUCUGCCCCUGCAGCACGGCAGCCAGGCAGAUAAUUACAUCUGUGUUUCCAGGUGAUUGAGGCAAGAAGCCCUGUAGCUCUUGAGGGCCCUUGCAGCGGUUCCUUCCCAUAUCACGGGCUUUUAUGGACGGUCACCUUGAGGGCUGCCCAGUUUCAUUUAGCAGAAUGCCAUUGCUUCCCUUUCUUUCCCGCAUUGUUUUGGGCCGGGACAGUUUGGUGUGGAAAGGCCUUUUCUCACAGAGAAAAGGACGGUGUUCAGUGACUCGUGUAACGUACACCUGUGGACACUGGCCGCCGGGGGCCACCGAUGAGCAAGGCACGCUCCACGCCUGCGACGAGGUUCACUGUGUCUCCAUUUUCACUCCCCACAGGAGACCAAAGAUUACUCAAAAUGUAGGCGCCCAGGGAUCUCAAUCCCAGCGCACCCUGUGAGGCGUCUCUUUCGAGCCGCAGGUGCAGGGACGGUGGCCCUCCGUGGCGGGGCUGUGAUGCCGCCACUCGAGGAGGCCUGUCUUGUGUGGAGAGCACAGCCACGGAGGGAGGCCCCUGUGAAGCUCGGGGGGUUCCGUCACAACUCUGUCCAACUCAAGGAUGUUUAUUGGCCUCUCUGUUAGAUACCUUGGAGAGGUAAAGAUAGAAAUGACCCAUUCCCUGCCUGCUGGGAGCUCAGAGGUGGUUGGAGAGACAGACACACAAAAAGACUAAAUCAAGAGAGACUGUGAUACGUGCUAAGAAGGGCGUGAGAGAGGAAGAGAUGAAUUUUCCCUGAAGGGAUCCUAGAAAGUAGUGUCGUAUUUCUGUCUCCAUUAGCUCACUUUUGAACAACGAGGAUGCCGGAAGGACCUUUGUCUGAGGGUGGUUGACGGCUGGAAAUACUUGGAACUGUUUCUCAUUCUCUCCACAAAUACACGUCCAAGGUCACAAAUAGGAGUAGCAGUUCCAGGUUGGUAGGGUGUGUACAGGAACGCGGGCUCUCUGCGUAUAGCUUGGCCUAGGACUGAGGUCCCAGAGUCCGGAGUCUUUAUAAGUAGGCAGAGUUUGUCUUCGGUGCCUCUGCGUCAGCUUCUGUCUCCACCGCUCAUCUUAGGACCCCCAUCAGCUGCCCACCCCUCAUCAGACAGCCGCAGUACCCUCAACUCCCUGCCCUUCAAAUCCUGCUCUCAGGAAAGCAACUGCCACUGACUCCUUCACACUAAAGUAUAAAUGACGGAGAAGAGGAAUAUGUUACUUCUUCCCAGAAACACUGGUUUUUAACUAGAACAGAUCAGAGCCUUAAUCCCAAGGGGAAAGGCUGUGGAACUAAUGGUGGCUGGGUGGUGGAGGUGAGGGUGGAUGAGCUCCCUGGGUAGAAAGGGACUUCCUUCUUGAUGUUCCUUAAGUAAGACUCAUUGCUUUGGAAGGUCCACCUCACCAUCCAAGGGCACUCCUUCUGUCUCUCUUCCCCCUCCAAAUAUAGUUCAAGUACAUAUCCACAUGCAUUUUGCACAGGAAGCAUUUCACCCCUUUUAGAAUGUAAUUCUUACGUUGGCUAAUGUGUUUGCUAGUCUUUCUUAGAUGCAAACCAUUCAUAAUAUGAUCUUAUCUGUUUUUUGAGGGGUGCUUAUGAAGUAGGUAAUUUUGAACACCUCUUUAAAUACAGCUAGAAAAUAAACCAAUUUGUAAAGCCACAUUUGCAUAUGAUGCCAGCCUCACGACUUUGUAUAUCUCCAGAAUCCCAGGUAUGCCUCACCAAUUUGCCCGUCUUUAAUAAACUCAUCUGUUAAAAUUUGCAUCAAACUUCAGCUUCCUACCUAUGACACAACAAGGAACAAAGGGUUCCAAUUGCUCCUUUGUCUUCAGACAUUUAGGAAUACAAAAUACCUAUUUUUAUGCUGAGAUAUUUAUACAGGUUUAUUAAUCGUAAGUGCAACUAACUUGCGGCAUGCCCGGCAACACAUUUGGAUAGGUUAGCCGUGCUUCUGGGUAAAAGCAAGCCCCACACUACAUAUCUUUUGCAAUCUCUCUGGGAUCAGUAAGAGAAAAAAAAAUCACAUGCUUAAGAAGUGGGACUGUAAAUAUGUACAUUUAACUUUGUAUAGCCCAUGUACCUACUUUGUAUAGAAAAAUAAUUUUAAAAAUUUGAACUGAAGUGGGGGGUAAAAUAAGGAAGUCAUGAAGUUUUUUGCCUAUUUAAAUGAAGGAAUUCCAAAUAACUUACCUGCAGAUUUUUAGCACAAAAAUAGCCAUUGUAAAGUGUUAUAAUUUUAAAUAAUCACUCAUUUUGGGAGAGAAGGUAACUGUUAUCUCAAUUAUAGUGGUUUUUCUCAUUUUGUUUUUGAUUUUUUUUUUUGCAGUCCUAUUUAUCUUCAGUAGUAUUAAAGCCUAUUGCUAGAAUAGGUUACUACAAAAAAAGAUUAUAUUCUGAAAGAAAAAAACUGACAUCAUAUACAACCAAUUAAUUUAAAGUAUUGCCAUUUAAAUUACACACGAAGAGCAUGUUCUAUGCAGACACAGAUUUUUCUGUUCAUCUAUUUUUCUUUAUGCAGUGGAUCGAUUUGACAAAUAGAUGUUGAAUUACUACAUUGGCUGUACAUAUUAUUUAAUAAACUUUAUGCAGAAUUGU